AUGACCUGCUCAACUCAGAGCGUGAUCGACUUUGUUAUAUGCGUGGUGGUCUCUCAGGAUCCCAACCUUGAGAAAAAUCUAGUUGAUGUUGCCAAGGGAAUGGGAUUUCUUUUUGAGAAAUGGAAGGAUAAAAGCCCAGAAGAGAGAGUCAAACAGAUAUUUGAGGUUUUGAGCCAUAAGAGGUUUAUAUUAUUGUUGGAUGAUAUAUGGAAGCUGGUUGAUCUAACUCAAGUAGGAGUUCCUGCCGCAGAUAGAGACAAUGGCUCCAAGCUAUUAUUCACAACUCGUUUGGAGGAGGUCUGCAACCAAUUGGGAGCUGAAGAGAAGGUUGAAGUUCUUAGAUUGACAGAGAAGAGAGCCUCGAGAGAUUGCCCAGUUAGCUGA